GUUAUUGUACCAAUUGGGAACUGUACCAGUUUCCUACAGAAAGCAAGCAUUGAUGGAUCCAAACAAGCACGGCCGCUUUAUUGCUGCUGCUUUUUCAACUCGUGUUUUCCGGGCCAGGCAGGGGGAGCUGGAUCGAGCUCAAGGAACAAAGCUGCUUGUCAAAUAUCUCUUGCUUCUGCUGCUUCACCUUUUUGUGUCAUUUUGGGCAUUGCAUUGAGAUGCUGUCAAGUCUGAAUUGGUGCUGAGUGGUUACAGGAAUUUGACUGAUUUUUCUCUUUGGGCUGUUGAGUUUGUAUCUGCAGAUACCCCAGCGCUCCAAGAGGAGAGGGUUUCCAGUGCUUUGUGGAAUGGGGUUUUUUGUAAUUCCUUCUCGGUUUUAAAUUGUUGCCCCUGGGAAGUCUAGUUUUGGGAGCCUAAAAAAGCACAAAACGCGAAAUAAUUUUGCCUAGAAAACUAUCUUCCACAAAGAAUUUAAAUUGUCAGCGAUGAGACACUGGGCCUUCUGGAUGUGGUUUUCCCCAGAAAAGCAUGGCCAGAAGGUUCCUCCCAUGGUGUCCUCAAGCUUUUCUCCAAGGGUGUUUGCUUGUGGGGCCCCUGUUGUAAGCUGUGGCCAGCCAGACACUAGCCAAAAUGCUCGGGCUUGCAGGUUUUAUUAACCUUCCUGUGUUUUUGUUUUCCCAGAGCUGACCCUGAACCCCCCGGAAGGGAUAGUAGCAGGUCCCAUGAAUGAAGAGAACUUCUUUGAAUGGGAAGCUCUGAUUAUGGGUCCUGAAGACACCUGUUUCGAAUACGGCGUUUUCCCUGCUAUCCUGAGCUUCCCACUCGACUACCCGUUAAGUCCUCCCAAGAUGAGGUUCACCUGCGAGAUGUUCCAUCCCAACAUUUACCCAGAUGGAAGAGUUUGCAUCUCUAUUCUUCAUGCUCCUGGGGAUGAUCCCAUGGGAUAUGAGAGCAGCGCUGAGCGAUGGAGUCCUGUGCAGAGUGUGGAAAAGAUCCUCUUAUCGGUCGUUAGCAUGCUGGCAGAGCCAAAUGAUGAAAGUGGAGCCAAUGUAGACGCCUCCAAGAUGUGGCGGGAAGACAGAGAACAAUUUAACAAAAUUGCCAAGCAGAUUGUGCAGAAGUCACUUGGACUUUAAGCUCACAAAGAGACUGAAGUGUUUUGUAUUUCUCUCCACCUGAAAACGAGCAGUGCUCAGUGCUGGUACCAAAAAGGAAAACUUUGCAAAACUAUUGGCCUAGUUCUUUUUAUCAUUUGUUAUUUAUUUACCAUGUAUUUUCUUCUUCCACUGCUCCAGAGAAGCCUCUAGUUCACUCACUAAACUGCGUGGAAAAGGGAUGUCAUAGUAGGAAAAAACAUGGAGACAAUGCCGUUUCAAAGGCUGCCUGUUGCUACCUCACUUUGUGGUAUGGAAAGCUGGGAGACCUUGCAGUCUGCCUUUGCCAGUCUGCUGUUUGAGAACAGAGCUGGUUUGGGUCACCUGCUGGAAGAAUUAGUUGUAUGUAUUUAUAGGCAGUAUUGCAUCUGGAGCACCAGUAGACAGGAAAUAAUCUCUCAAUUUUGUGGUACUUGCUAAGGCAAGGACAGCAUUUGCAGUCAGAACUGAUUUGAAGGGUAUUGCAGCAGGAGAGGCUACAAAACAAGGUUCUAGAUAGAAUGCGUUGGCAAAGAAAGUAGUUGUGCAGCAUGUAACUUUAGGAGAAGAUCUUGGGGGUUGUCAGUGACGGGCUGGGUGUCUAAAAUGGGCUGGUGUUCCCAUCUAGCACUGUGAGUUUGUAUUGAGCCUUUGAGUCAGUGUUUGCUUGGAAAAAAUCCCAAGAGCUGCUUUGUUAUUCCUUAAAGACACUCACUUGUAAACCUCACAUUCAAUUAGAGGUGGAAGUUGUAAAGGCUGGAUUCUUAAACCUUUGGUCAGGUUCACCACGGGCGAGGUAGGUCAUUGGCAGCUUGAAAAUCCAGUGAGAAUGUGCCUGCUCUGCUGGGCAUGUGAAAUAUCUCUGCAAUAAUGCCAGCUUCUCUCGGGCAUUGAGAGGAUUAGGCACUGCUGGCCUUUGGUCACCCCUUCUUCAGGUGAACGAGCGAAGAUGAACGCAAUGAACUUUGUAAAAUUAACUGCAAUGUUUCUUUAUGCUGAGUGCUCUUUUGUAUUUAAAUAGGAGUCAGAGAAGGCACCGAAUGUGUUUUCUAGAGGAUGACAGAGCGCAUGUUUAGAACUGCAGAGUAUUGUAGCCCAGCGGUGGUGCGGAGGGUGUGGGGAAUGCCAGCUGCAGCCAUCCCAUAGUAACCCUGCUUUAGGGGCCGCUGGUGACCUUUGUGCUUUGCAAGAGAAUCUCUUGGGUAGGUCCAAAUCUUCUCCAAUUUACUACAAGCAAUAACAUGCCCACUGGUAGCACAUGGAGUCACAUUUUGUUGGCAGCUUUAAAGGGACUAAAUUUGAGAAGGGCUUUUUUUUUUUUUCCUUUCCUGUGACAAGUGUGUGACACGGAAGGAGUCGCACCCUGGAGAAGGCUUCACAGAGGUGACAGUGUGCAUGUGCCUGUGUACCACUCCUCAGUAUUCAUGUCUUGCUGUCCGUGCUGCACAUGGCAGUGUGCCAUCGCUCUGCACCUCGGAAGAGUUUGUAUUGCUAGAACUUGCUGAUUUUACCUCCUUGUAGAAGUGAUCCUUCUUGCUUUGGUGUAAGGGUGGGAGGGGGACCUGACAGUUUGGGCGCAGAGAUGAUGAAAUAGUGUUGUUGUACCUAACUAGUAUUUCAAGGCAUACAGGAAAAUGUAGCGUUUAUAUGCAAACUGAGAGCGCUUUUUGAAUUGUAGUAGAUGGAGCGUUGCUCUUGGGAGUGCUGCAGCCACUCCAGGAAACGAUGCUGGGGAGCUGUGUGCCACCUGCAAUCCAUGGAUUCGGCAGACAUGGCAAAAAUGGGCGCUUUUUAAGUGCGGACUGUUUUGUUCAUGUGUGCUUAUUCAUUAUUUUAUGGUGGGAUUUAGUCUGUAUACUGAAAAUAAAGUUGAUUAUAUUUUCUCCUUUCAUAGACGUA